AAAUAGUAUUUCAAGGACAUAUGGCCACUGGUGAUGAGCUGCUCCCUCUGUAGACCCCACUCCCUAGGGCAGCUGCUGGUUGCACAUGUCAGGCUAGCAGAGCAGAGCAGGCCCCUGUGUACCUGGGAGUGGGGAGUUAAAGGGCAGCUUGUACCAGUAAGCCCUCCUCUCCCCGCCCCUUCCCAUAGGCUCCGCCCAACUCCGUCUAGCCUAGGAAUCUCAAGCCCAGCUGCCUUUAACCCUAGCGGAGAUCCUACUCACCAGACCACACAGCUGUGGAAGGAUAGGAGGAGCAGCCUGUGUGGCCCUGGGCCGGAUGUCACCCUCCGCUGACACGUGCUGUGUGCCUGAUUGAGGAGCCCUCCGUAAUGACCUCCGGGGUUAGGGUUAGGGUCUGUGUCACCUGUCACUUCCCUAUCCCGUGCCAAAUAGGGAUGUGGGCAGGAAGCACGGGGUAGCUUGGCUGUCCCACCAGCCUUUCUGGUUUCUCCCUCGUACCGUGGGCUCCUUGGUGCAUGGCUGUAGUGCUCAGCCUUCUCAGCGGCAGCACUGAGGGAGAUUACUGACCCAAGUCGGCUCCAUGCGCCUUCGUCCACAACCAGGCCCCCUAGGCAUGGAGCCCUUCUUCCGGAAGCGGCUCACUUUCUUGUCCUUUUUCUGGGAUAAGAUCUGGCCAGCGGGUGAGUCGGAGGAAGACAUCCCCCGGAUCCAGGGACUCGACGACAACCCAGUGCUGGAGCAGCCUGCUGCCGUUGAGCCUUGCAGCUUUCCCGCCCCACGCGCGCGACUCUUCCGCGCGCUCUACGACUUCACUGCUCGGUGUGCAGAGGAACUGAGCGUCAGCCGCGGAGACAGACUCUACGCCCUCAAGGAGGAGGGCGACUACAUCUUUGCCCAAAGGCUCUCUGGGCCGCCCAGUACGGGACUGGUUCCAGUCACCUACCUUGCCAAGGCCACCCCUGAGACGCCCUCAGACCAACCUUGGUACUUCAGUGGGAUCAGCAGGACUCAGGCCCAGCAGUUGCUCUUGUCUCCUGCCAAUGCACCAGGGGCCUUCCUCAUCCGGCCCAGCGAAAGCAGCGUCAGGGGAUAUUCUCUGUCAGUUCGGGCCCAAACCAAAGUCUGCCACUACCGCAUCUGCAUGGCACCUGAUGGCAGCCUCUACCUGCAGGAGGGCCGGUUCUUCCCCAGCCUGGAUGCAUUGCUCGAUUACUACAAGACCAACUGGAAGCUGAUACAGAACCCUCUGUUGCAGCCCUGCAUACCCCAGAUGCCCCUGGCUCAGGACGAGUGGGAACGGCCACGCUCAGAAUUUGUCCUUCGGAGAAAGCUGGGUGAAGGCUUCUUCGGGGAGGUGUGGGAAGGCCUGUGGCUGGGCUCUAUGCCUGUGGCGGUGAAGGUUAUCAAAUCAGCUGACAUGAAACUGGCAGACCUCACCAAGGAGAUUGAGGCGCUGAAGAGCUUGAGGCACGAGCGACUGAUUCGGCUGCAUGCCAUAUGCUCCCUGGGUGAACCUGUGUACAUCGUUACUGAACUCAUGGGCAAGGGCAACUUGCAGGUCUACCUGGGCAGCCCUGAGGGAAAGGCCCUGAACCUGCCUCAUCUACUGGGGUUUGCCUGCCAAGUAGCUGAGGGCAUGAGCUACCUGGAGGAACGGCGUGUUGUCCACCGGGACUUGGCUGCUAGGAACGUGCUGGUGGGUGAUGACCUCACCUGCAAAGUAGCUGAUUUCGGCCUGGCUAGGCUGCUCAAGGAUGAUGUCUACUCCCCAAGCAGUGGCUCCAAGAUCCCUGUCAAGUGGACGGCACCUGAGGCAGCUAAUUACCGUGUCUUCUCCCAAAAGUCAGAUGUCUGGUCCUUUGGCAUCCUGUUAUAUGAGGUCUUCACUUAUGGCCAGUGUCCCUACGAAGGAAUGACCAACCAUGAGACACUACAGCAAAUCAGUCGUGGGUACCGGUUGCCACGCCCAGCCGCCUGCCCAGCAGAGGUCUAUGUGCUUAUGGUGGAGUGCUGGAAGGGCAGCCCCGAGGAGCGUCCCACCUUUGCCGCACUGAGGGAGAAGAUGAAUGCCAUACACAGGCGGCUCCAUCUGAGCCUCACGUGACCAGG